CACAGAGCGCUUGCCUUGCACGCAGCAACCAACAUAGCGCGCGCACUCUGCAAAGCUCCGCCAGAUCAUCCUUCGUGCUACAGUUAUAACAAAGUUUAAAGUGUCCGCGUCGCUUGGUUUGCGUCCUGGUCCCUUGUCUCAGUGACCGAGGCGAUUGUCUGUGAGCUGCAGCGGAGCUCAGCAGUGCGUUGCUGUGUCCAGUUACGUAGCGCGCUGGGCGAGGAGACACGAGGACAGAAAAAUAUACGACCCUGGAGAGACGGCAUAGAGAGAGAGACCUGGGAAAUGUGCUGAGCAGUCAGAGACUGAGUUACUGGACGUUUUGGAUAUGAGAACGCAAACUGUGAUUACUCUAUCUUUACCUUCAUUUCCCCGAGCCACGCCAACGCUCAUCUUCUUCUUCAGACUGGUUGAAACUCGCAGCUUCGCUCCUGCUAGAUGAACGGGAGUAGUUGGAGAUUUCAUUUGGUGUGUCUCUCCGAUGCGAUUGGCUCACGGCCCGACAGGAAGUGAGCGACACCCCACCUCCCCAUGGCUCCGCCUUCGGCGGGCCGCUCCUCCCUUGCCCAGCAUGUUGUGCUGCUUGUGCAGUGCAUUCUAGUCCUGCAAGCUGGGGGCGUGGUCUGCAGGAAAGGGCCGGUGCUGCUGCCUGAGUCGCCCUGUCACCGGGCGGAACACCCUCUAAUCUCACACACAGAUAUGGAGCCUUGGAUCCACAGGUUCCGGGCUGAGGGCACAGUGGAUUACUCUCAGCUAACCUUUGACCCCAGCCAGAACGAACUGAUAGUCGGAGCCAGAAACCACCUGUUCAGACUCAAUCUGGAGGACCUCUCGCUGAUCCAGGAGGCGGAAUGGCACUGUGAUGAGUUCACUAAGGGAGCCUGCUUCAGCCGGGGCAAGUCAGAGGAGGAAUGUCAGAACUACAUUCGAGUUCUGCUGGUGAAUGGAGACAGACUGUUUACAUGUGGAACCAACGCUUUCACACCAAUCUGCACCAACCGCACUCUGACCAACCUGACAGAGAUCCAUGACCAGAUCAGUGGGAUGGCCCGUUGUCCCUACAACCCUCUCCAUAACUCCACAGCUCUGAUCACGUCCAGUGGAGAUCUGUAUGCUGCUACCGCCAUGGACUUCUCUGGCAGAGACCCAGCUAUCUACCGCAGUCUGGGGGGGCUGCCGCCUCUACGCACCGCACAGUACAACUCCAAAUGGCUGAAUGAGCCUAACUUUGUCUCCUCCUACGACAUCGGGAACUUCACCUACUUCUUCUUUCGGGAGAACGCGUUGGAACACGACUGCGGUCGGACCGUGUUCUCUCGCGCUGCCCGGGUCUGUAAGAACGACAUUGGAGGACGCUUCCUAUUGGAGGACACCUGGACCACGUUCAUGAAGGCUCGGUUGAACUGCUCUCGACCAGGGGAGAUACCGUUCAACUAUAAUGAACUACAGGGAACGUUCUACCUGCCAGAGUUAGACCUGCUCUAUGGGAUCUUUACUACUAACGUGAAUAGCAUAGCAGCGUCUGCGGUGUGUGCCUUCAACCUCAGUGCCAUCACCCGUGUGUUCGGUGGCCCCUUCAAGUACCAGGAGAACUCUCGCUCCGCCUGGCUACCUUACCCCAACCCUAACCCUGACUUCCAGUGUGGUACCAUAGACUAUGGUUCCUAUUUGAACCUGACAGAGAGGAACCUGCAGGAUGCCCAGAAGUUCCUGCUGAUGAACGAGGUGAUCCAGCCGGUCCAGCCUGUCCCUUACUUCAUGGAGGACGACGUUCGCUUCUCCCACGUAGCUGUGGACGUGGUGCAAGGCAAAGACAUGCUGUUCCACAUCAUCUACCUGGCUACAGACUAUGGCACCAUCCGUAAGGUCCUGUCUCCUCUGAACCAGACCAUGGGCAGCUGUCUAUUGGAUGAGAUUGAGUUGUUUCCGCCCAGGAGGAAACAGCCAAUCAGAAGCCUCCUGAUCCUGCACAGCAGCAGUGAACUGUAUGUCGGCGUCAGGGACCAAGUCAUCAAGAUACCACUGAUGAGAUGCGACUUUCACAAGACCAGAGAGGGGUGUGUUGGGGCGAGGGACCCUUACUGUGGCUGGGACCUGGUGUUAAGGAAGUGUACCACCCUGGAGGAGAGUGUCAGCAUGAGCCAAUGGGAACAGAGCAUCACUAAAUGCCCUGUGCGUAACUUGACGUUGGAUGGAGGGUUUGGGCCAUGGACAGGCUGGGGGGCCUGUAGCCAUACUGAUGGGGGCAGUGCUGAUUCCUGUCUGUGUAGAACCAGGCCUUGUGAUAAUCCCAAACCCCAGUGUGGGGGUCAGUCCUGUCACGGACUCAGCGUGGAGGUUGUCAACUGCUCCAGGAACGGUGUGUGGAGCCCCUGGACUCUGUGGAUCCCGUGUAGCACCAGCUGUGGCAUUGGCUUCCAGGUCCGGCAGAGGUCCUGCAGCAACCCCACCCCGCGCCACGGAGGACGAGUGUGUGUGGGGCAGAACAGAGAGGAAAGGUAUUGCAACGAGCACCUGCCCUGCCCACCUCAUGUCUAUUGGUCGGCAUGGUCAGCAUGGGAACGCUGCACAGUGCCCUGCGGAGGCGGCAUCCAAUCACGCCGCAGGACCUGCGAGAACGGUAACGAGUGCCCCGGGUGUGCUCAGGUAUGUUACACACACACACACAUAGAUCUAGGCUGCACUUCUAUCGCAGACUGGCCUUGA